AUGUCAGAGGGAUACUACGACAACGCCCCUCACUCACCUUCAGCCAACGGUAACGGUAACGGUUCGCUCUCAUGCAACGGUGAUGGCAGAUCAUCAGCCGUCACUUCCCCAAAUGGCGGGAACGACACUCUGAUAUCUUCCAGAGCUAUCAGUCCAUCUGCUUAUCCCGUCAAAAGUGAGCCUGGAGUCGCUAUCAAUGGAUCUGCAACGGCCCCAGCUCAACAACAGCCAGCAAGAAAGAAAUUGGCCAGUUGGGUUGGGUUCAGUAAUUUACCUAAUCAGGUUCAUCGCAGGAGUGUGAGACGUGGUUUCCAAUUCGUCGCUAUGGUAGUCGGUGAAUCCGGUCUGGGUAAAUCAACACUUAUAAACACAUUGUUCGAAACCAAGCUAUAUCAACCGAAGAACAUACCUGCACCAGGUGAAGAUAGGGGCAAGACAGUACAAAUCGAGAGUAUCUCUGCUGAGAUCGAGGAGAAUGGGGUGAGACUUAAAUUGACGGUGGUUGAUACACCUGGAUUUGGUGAUUUCGUAAACAACGAUGAAAGCUGGAAGCCAAUCGUAGAUAAUAUCGAAGCUCGAUUCGAUGCUUAUUUGGAACAAGAAAAUAGAGUCAAUAGACUUAAAUUGGUCGAUAAUAGGGUACACGCUUGUAUCUACUUCAUUCAACCUACUGGUCAUUCACUCAAACCCAUCGAUAUCGAAUUCAUGAGAAGACUUCACACUAAAGUCAACCUGAUCCCUGUCAUCGCUAAAGCGGAUACUAUGACUGAUGAUGAGAUCACAUUGUUCAAACAACGAAUCCUCGCCGAUAUCGCUCAUCAUGGUAUUCGAAUCUUCCAACCUCCUCAAUAUGAGAAUGAGGAUGAGGAGACCAUCCAGGAGAAUGAAGAGAUCAUUAGCAAAGUCCCCUUCGCCGUCGUUGGUUCCGACUCCCUCGUUUCAUCUCCUGAUGGACGACAAGUGCGAGGUAGAGCUUAUCCAUGGGGUGUCAUCGAAGUUGAUAAUGAAGACCACUGCGAUUUCGUUAAACUUCGUCAGAUGCUUGUUCGAACCCACAUGGAAGAGCUGAGAGAACAUACCAACGAUGUGUUGUAUGAGAAUUACCGAACUGAUAAGUUGAAAGCUAUGGGUGUGGCUCAAGACGAGAGUGUAUUCAAGGAAACUAACCCCGCCGCUAAACAAGCUGAAGAGAGAGCGAUGCACGAAGCCAAACUCGCCAAGAUGGAAGCAGAGAUGAAGAUGGUCUUCCAACAAAAAGUGCAAGAGAAGGAAGCGAAACUCAAACAAUCCGAAGAGGAACUUUACUUGAGACAUAGAGAGAUGAAGGACGCACUGGAGAAACAAAGACAAGAAUUGGAAGAUAAGAAGAGAAGGAUCGAAUCGGGUAGACCGUUGACUCCUGAGAAAGGAAGUCAAAAGAAACGAUUCGGUCUAGGUAAAUAA